AUGUGGCCUAGAGGGAGUAAUGCAUCUUUUAUCACGUUGAUUCCAAAGGUUGAUUCACCUCAUUCUCUUAAUGAUUUCCGGCCUAUUUCACUGAUUGGUUGUAUGUAUAAAGUUGUGUCAAAAUUGUUGGCUAAUAGACUUAAGAAGGUGCUUGUGAAAGUAAUCAGCGAUAACCAGUUUGCUUUUCUGGGGGGGAGGAAUAUGCUAGACAGUGUGGUGAUUGUGAAUGAGGCGGUAGGGGUGGCAAAGAGGUCUAAGAGGUCAAUUGUUAUUUUCAUGGUUGAUUAUGAGAAAGCAUAUGAUUCUGUUCGAUGGGAUUUCUUUAUGUAUAUGCUGGGUCAUGUGGAAAGGAAAAUUGCUUGGGUAAAAUGGGCUGAUGUAUGUAAACCCAAAGCUUUUGGUGGCUUGGGGAUAAAAGAUUUGGUUACUUUCAAUAAGGCGCUUAUUGAAAAAUGGAGGUGGCGAUUUGUGACAGAGCCUAAUAGCUUCUUGUGCAGGGUAAUUAAGUCUCAACUGGCCGAUGGCAGGUGCUCUUCACCUUGGUGGAGGGAUGUUCUCUCACUGUGUUUAGAUGAUAAUUGGUUUGAUUUAGAGAUUAUGAAAUUUUUGGGGGAAGGGGAUGCAACUAGAUUUUGGCUGGAGGAUUGGCUAGGUUUGGGACAUUUGGAGGGAAGAUUUCACAGACUGUAUAAUUUAUCUCAAAACAAGUAUGCUACUGUUAAGGAGGUGGGGGAGUGGAGUCAGGGUAUUUGGGAGUGGAAAUUUACAUGGAGGAGGGGGUUGCGAGGUAGGGAGUUAGGGUGGCUUGAUAUACUGUUCAAUACUAUUAAUAUUGGUUGUCUGCGGGAAGGGAGGUCGGAUAGGUGGUUGUGGGAACCAGGGGAGGAGGGAGUUUAUUCGGUUAACUCAGCUUAUUCUUUUUUGCAUGUUUGCGAUUCAGUGGAUUCUUAUAUUGAUUUCCAGUCAAUUUGGAAUGGAUUUGCUCCAUCAAACGUGAAAGCCUUUGUUUGGCGCGUGUUGCUCAACCGUAUCCAGACAAAGGUUCAUUUGAGGAGGCGCAGUGCGAUUCCUGCAGCUGCAGAUUUGCUUUGCCCUCUUUGUAAUCUUGAAGAGGAGAGCUGUGAUCACUUGUUCUGUACUUGUGCGCGAUCUUUGGGUGUUUGGCUUGCCGUACAUCGCUGGUUUGGAUUUGUUACAGCUGUGCCUUCUUCGUCAAAGUCUCUCUUUAGCCAGUUUUCAUUUUUGGCCAGAAACAAGAAACAGAGGCUUGCGGAGAUGACGGUAUGGAUGGCUUCUUGCUGGUCCUUAUGGCUUAUUCGCAACAGUGUUAUUUUUUCAUAUGGGGUUUGGGAUGAUGAUUUUGUUUUGGACCUAAUACAAGUCAGGUCCUGGCACUGGAUAAAGGAGAAAGUGAGGGGGUUCCAUUAUUCAUUUGUUUGA